AUGAACGAGCUGAUCGUUUUCGACACAAGCCACACGAGGGCAAUAAACGAUUGCGAGCUGGACUACUACAGCAAAAAGUUGGCUACGUGUUCUAAUGAUAAUACAGUAAAAAUUUUUGACGUGAGUUUGUCAAAAGAGCCUGUAUGUAUAGCCGAGAUAAGAGACCAUAGUUCAGCAGUUUGGAAAGUAUGUUGGUCUCAUCCCAAAUAUGGUAGUUUGUUAGCAAGUUGCUCAUAUGAUAAAAGUGUUAUCAUAUAUAAAGAAGUAAAUAUAAAUAAAUAUGAAAUGAUUUAUUUAAAUAACGAACAUAAAAGUAGUGUUAACUAUAUAGAAUGGUCCCCACAUGAGUAUGGACUUCAUUUGGGAUGUGCUAGUUCAGAUGGUUAUCUUAGUAUAAUUAGUUAUAAUUUAAAUAAAGAUACGAAUGAAGGACAUUGGACAAAAAGUAGUAUAAAAGCACAUUUAAAUGGAACAGCAUGUUUGAGUUGGGAAAAACCAUUUAAUUCUUUAGGAAAUAAUAAACAUUUAAAUGAUAAUAAUGAUUUUAUAAACUCAUUUAAAUUAGUAACAGGAGGAUAUGAUAAUCAAGUUAUUAUAUGGACAUUUGAUAAUAAUACAAAAGAAUACCAUAAAAUUUUUCAAAUGAAUGAUAAACCACAUAAUUCUUUAGUAAGAGAUGUUUCAUGGAGACCUAACUUAAGUAACACAACAAAUAUGAUAGCUUCAUGUUCAGAUGAACAAAUUGUAAUAUUAUGGUUUGAAGAUAUAAGUAAUAAUAGAUGGAAAAAUGGACAAGUCAUAAAAGUUGACCAAAAAAUUCAUAAAAUUAGUUGGUCUCCCAAUGGCACCAUUUUAGCAAUUGCAUGUUCAGGUGAUAAUGCAUAUUUAUAUAAAGAAAAUAUGGAGGGACUAUGGGUAGAAAUUUGCAAUUUGACUGAUGAUGAAAAGAGAAAUAUACAAGAGGAUAAUGCCAGUGGAGGAGGUGCUAAUGCUAAUUCUUCUCUUCACAUGUAUAACAGUGAUGUAGCUAGUAAUAUUUACAAUAAUGCUAAUGCUAACAGUAGCAGCAAUGUCAAUGCCAACAGUAGCAGUAAUGUCAAUACCAACAGUAGCAGUAAUGUCAAUACCAACAGUAGCAGUAAUUAUGAUGGCAAUUAUGGCAGCAAUCCCUCGUGCAAAAACCUCCAAAACCAAGUUAUGCCUAACAUCAUGAAUUAUCUGAACCCUCUAGCUACUUCCAAUUCGAAUAGCAAUACCUUUAAAGCUUCUCCUGAGUCAAAUUAUAGUACAUAUCCAAACUCAAUAAACAAUGCGGUGCCUCCUCCCCCCAAUAAAUUCGUAUGCAACACGAUGAUGCAAGAAGGGGCAAAUCCAGUACAAAAUACCCCCAAUACGUUUCAGAAUAAUCUAUAUGGUCAAGCAAUGCCCUCAGAUCCUCCUCCCCCCAUGAGCGUAUCGAACCAUGUGAACAGUAUGAAAAACGGUGCUAAUCAACAAAAUGUGAUACAAGGCGUGCCACAAAAUGGACCACCAAACGCGCAACAGAACUACGUAAUGAUGCAAAAUGCGAACAAAAAGAGUACCUCGAGUGCUAUAUUAAGUGGAGAUAAUUUCCUUAUAGGGAGAAACAUGAAUCCACCACCACCUCCUCCUCCUCCUUCAUUUUCACAUGAACAGAAUAAUUCAUCUGACACUUCAAACCUUCCAUCGAAACAAGGAGUGUCAACCAAUCAGGCGGUGUCUAAUUCAUCUCACUUUGCUUCUGCUGUACCACCUGGUCCUCCGGGGGCAAACAUGAACAUAUUUAAUAGCACCAAUAGUAACAAUAACAGUAUUAAUAACAACAACAGUAUUAAUGACCUUAAUAGUAAGAACAAUUAUAAUAAUAUGCAUAAUCAUAGCAGUAGUGGAAGCAGUCAAAUAAAUAAUAAGUUGAAUUUUGCACCUUCUUCAAAUGUACAUACUAGUGCAAGCACACAACCAAUUCCUCAACCGUCUACAAAUAUACCGAAAUCAUCUACGAGUUCAUUACACCAGUAUCCAUCCUUUUCAAAUGUCAACACAACAAAUAGUGCGAGUUUUUCUGGUAGUGCACAAUCCACCACCCCCAAUUUUUCAAAACCAUCAAAUUCUAUGCAGCCAGGCCAUUUACAAAAUAUGAACACAAUUAAUACAAAUUUCAGUGCUCAACAACCUUUACCUCCUCCACCACCCACUCGAUUAUCCAUGACGUCGGUUCAUCAAGGAGGGCAUAAUGUACCAAUGGGAAUAAAUCAGAAUAAAAGUUUUUCAAAUUUUAGUUCUAAUAAGAUGGUGAAUCCUACUUCUAUGCCUCCACAACCACCCCAAAAUAUUAGUAAUACAGUUAGUAGUGGAAUUAGCAGUGCGAUCGGUAAUACAAGUAACUACGCACCAAUGAAUUAUGGCCAACCCCCACCUCCUCCACCAAAUAUGAUGAGUAAUAGUAAUGACCCGAAUAUGAAGUCACCAAAUCUGCAGUAUAAUAAUGCGUAUACCAAUUAUAAUACGCCACCCCAGUGA